CAUAAUUAUAUAUUUAUACUCUGCACCUAGAGGAAGACAAAGGCAUCAGCAUCUCAUUACAACGUCCUCCUCCCCUCUCUUUAUAAAAAGGCAGCAUAAGUUGGAGAGAACAAUCACCACCAGUACCAACCACCACCUCCCUCUCUCUCUCUCAUCAUCAUCAACAAACCCAUGUUUUCCACUUCACACCUGUGGCUUCUCUAAACCCCAAAUCAUUCACUCCUUCCCACUGUGUUCCCAAAUCUCCAUUUUCACUCAUUGUAACUAGACAAGCAAUCCACCCCUUACCUUUUUCUUACCUUUUGUUCAAAAUGUGUUCCCAUUUCCUUUUUCCUUAGCUAUCUAUCUAUCUAUUCAACCAAUUUCACUUCAUUCAAUUCGCAUCGAUCCAAAGCCAUCCGGCUAGGAUUUGUUUCUUCAAAAAAAUCAUGUACAGACCAGCCAGAGAGAAUCCGUCUUUUUCGUCCUCUCUGCUCGAUGAGAUCUAUCGCUCAAUUGAUGAACGAGCAGACCACGAAUCGAUAGGUUAUAGAGAAACUACUAGAGAAAAACAUAGUAGUUUCUUCACUAAUGACUAUUUUCAACAUGAUCGUGAUGUUAAACGACAGUAUCACUCCGGUCAUGGACGAGAGGUACGAGAUUGCCUGAUCGAGAAUUGGAUGGGGAAGGAAGUAAGAUCUGUUGUCGAUUUCAAACGGAGCUCUCAUCGAAGCGGAAAUUCAAGUUCCAGCUCGUCAGAUUCAAGCAGUGGCGGCGGUUUUUCAUCGUCUGAAACCGAAUCGGUUUACUGCGUCUCGUCCAGACCUAAACCGAUCCGCACAAGCUCAAACCGACACCAUGAAUACACAACGAGUGCAAAACACACGAACAUGUAUCAACAACAACGGUACCAAUUCGAACAACAACAUGACUCACAAACGAAACAGAAACACGAAAGCAAGCUCGUGAUGAAGACAAAAUCACGAGCAAUGAAGAUCUACGGAGACUUAAAGAAGGCGAAGCAACCGAUAUCUCCAGGAGGUAAGUUAGCAACAUUUUUAAACUCGAUUUUCACUACAACCAACACGAAGAACACGAAGAUCUCAACCGGAUGUUACGACGACAGCACACAAUCAAAAUCCGCAAGCGGAUCAACAUGUUCAUCAGCAUCUUCGUUCUCACGUUCGUGCUUGAGCAAAACUCCGUCGUCUAGAGGUAAACAAAGCAACAACAAAAAGAGAUCAGUGAGAUUCUAUCCUGUGAGUGUAAUCGUAGGCGAUGAUUCUCAACCGUGUGGACACAAAUCUCUGUACGGAGACGAAUCGAAUACACAUGCAAUCAAAGUCGUAAAAAAUGAAGAACCUAGGGUUUAUACGAACGAGAAAACUCGUCGUAUUGAAGAAGCUGCGAGGAAUUUGUUGAGGAAUUACCAGAAGAAAGUAGAAUGCGAGUUUGAUUUGAUUACAAAAACUGUAAAAGCUGAAAAUGAAACUGACCUGAAUUACGAAGACGAUGAAGAUGAUGAUGUCGGUAGCAACGCAAGCUCCGAUCUGUUCGAACUGGAGAAUUUUUCUGCAAUUGGAAUGGAGAAUUACGGAGAUGAAUUGCCGGUUUAUGAAACAACUGUUUUGGAUACAAGUUUAGCACUCGGUAAUGGCUUCCGCAUGUAAUUGAACAAAAUAAAAAAUAAAAAAAUAGGUUAUUGUUAGUUAUUUGGUAUUUUGGUGUGGGUUUUUUUUUUUUGGUGAGUAUAAAUUAGAAGUAAAAGAAUUUUAUGUUUUUUUUUUGUUUGUUUUGUAAUUGCGUUGGAUUAAGUAUUUUAAUUUUUUUUCA